ACCGAAGGGUGAGCGCCGUUGAGCGCACGCUCAGAGCAGACAGCUGAAAGCAGGCAGGACUGAUAGUCUGAAACCGAGGCUGACCGCCAAAGGGAGGAAGGAAAAGGUGGUCAAGGAAACGGAGCAGUCGGAGUACGCGAGGUGACAUCAAGGAGAGUCCCUCGGCCAGCAGCUGCCGAGCAGCGCUACACCUUAUGCACGGACGCAGAGCUGGCGGAAGGGCGAGGACGCGCCGGGCACUGCGCGCUGGCCCCGCUGGGGAAGCAGGGGUGACAUGUCCCACGAGCGGCCUCCACGUAACGACAUCCCUCGCAACCUGAGCUUUAUAGCAGCACUGACGGAGCGCGCCUACUACCGCAGCCAGCGGCCGAGCCUCGAGGAGGAGUCGGAGGAGGAGCCGGGGGAGGGCGGGACCCGGUCUGGCGCCCGCUCGCGGGCUCACAUUCCGGGCCGGGGGCGCCGGGCUCGCUCGGCGCCCGCAGGUGGCGGCGGGGCGCGGGCAGCUCGCAGCCGCAGCCCCGACACUCGCAAAAGAGUGCGUUUCGCCGACGCGCUGGGACUGGAGCUGGCCGUGGUCCGCCGCUUCCGCCCGGGGGAGCCGCCCCGGGUGCCCCGCCACGUGCAGGUGCAAUUGCAGAGGGACGCUCUGCGCCACUUCGCGCCCUGCCUGCCGCGCACCCGCGGCCUCCAGGAGGCGCGCGCUGCCCUGGAGCCCGCCCUGGAACCCGGUUUCGCCGCCCGGCUGCAGGCGCAGCGCAUCUGCCUGGAGCGCGCCGACGCGGGCCCUUUGGGCGUAGCCGGGAGCGCGCGCGUGCUGGACCUGGCCUACGAGAAGCGCGUGAGCGUGCGCUGGAGCGCGGACGGCUGGCGCAGCCUGCGGGAAUCGCCCGCCUCCUACGCCGGCCCUGCCCCGGCCCCUCCCCGGGCUGACCGCUUCGCCUUCCGCCUGCCGGCGCCUCCGGUAGGCGGCACGCUGCUCUUCGCCCUUCGCUACCGUGUUACGGGCCGCGAGUUCUGGGACAACAACGGUGGUCGUGAUUACGCGCUUCUUGGGCCGCAGCACCCUGGUGGUGCCGGAGCCGCGGAGGCCCAAGGCUGGAUCCAUUUUAUUUGAGAUUAGACUACUGCCGGCCACAGUUGGGGAAAACAC